AUGGCUGACCCCGUGGAUGAGCUUGAAGAUAUCGACGAGUUCGACGACUUUGGCUUGGAUGAUUCCGCACUGCUGCAGCUCGACCAGAUCGAGAACAAGCUCGUCAUUAACGCGGGGGCAGCUUACCAGGCGCUAUCGCCAUCGAACCCGCAGUCUCCACCACGCAUCCAGGCGCUGUCGGCUAUCAGCAAGGGCGGCAAUGCCUCUAGUGUGGCCCAGCUCGCGAAGGUUGGCUCAUCAUCUUUUCAUAGAGCUGGCCCUUCCGCUGCCGCUUCCACAUCCGCAAGGCCGAUGCAGCGGAUAACUUCUACCGGAUCCAACUCCUCCAACCCACCCGCAUCUUCUGGAGCUGCUCGUCAAAUGACCCUCUUCGGCAAACCUGCAACCAUCAGCCAGUCUCGUACCGCAAAGGUGACCUCGUCCAGUCCGGGCCAUAUCGCUAUCUCGUCGCAGUCCGCUUCCACCUCUGCGGCUCCGGCAGGCCCCUCUGACUCUACCAAAACAUCCUCAAGCUACCGCUUGCCCUGGCAGACCAAAGUAGGCACCAAAACAUGGGACAGGGAGGCCUACCUGCACCGUGAGAACGCCAAGAACCGCGAGAAGGACGAGUACGGUGCUCCUCUCGACGUAGAUGCCCUCGACUUUGACUAUGACACUCCCGGCACAACAAGCCCCAAGGGAAAGGGCAAGGUGGAACGCGACUGGGACCAGGACAGCAGGUAUACCAAUGUCCUCCCAGCCGCUCCCGCCGAUAUUCGCAAGAGCCUACCUCCUCCGCUCCCGCAAAAGUGCAAAAUCGAUCUCGAGGCAGCAAAGACCUGGAUUUACCCCACCAACAUGGAAAAGCGAGACUAUCAGUACAACAUCGUCCAAAAAGCUCUCUUCAAUAACGUGCUCGCUGCUCUACCCACCGGUCUCGGCAAGACAUUCAUUGCCGCCGUCGUCAUCCUCAACUUCUUCCGAUGGUAUCCUGACGGCAAGAUCCUCUUUCUGGCUCCUUCCCGUCCUCUUGUCGACCAGCAAAAGACCGCCUGCCAUCGCAUCUGUGGUCUGCCCUGGGACUGUGCCAUCGACUUAACCGGCAGCAAAGCCGGUGCGACCCGUGGCGACUACUGGCUCACGAAACGCAUCUUCUACAUGACGCCCCAGACGCUCGAGAACGAUAUCCUCCACAAACGCUGCGAUCCACGCGAUGUUGUCUGCGUCGUCGUCGAUGAGGCGCACAAAGCACGCGGCCGCUACGCAUACGGUAAUAUCAUCGGCCUCCUCAUGGACGUCAAUCCUCACUUUCGCGUGCUUGCGCUCUCGGCCACACCGGGCAAGGAUGCGGACAGCGUUCAAGAGGUCGUCGACCAGCUCCACAUCAAUCAGAUCGAGAUUCGCACUGAAGAGGCCAUCGACGUGCAGCGCUACAUGUUCCGCAAGCGCGAAGAGAUCGUCCACGUCACGCUCGGCAAAGAUCUCAACACGGUCAAGGACAACUGGGCCAAGCUCAUGCAGACCCAGAUGGACCCGCUCAUGAAAGCCGGUCUCCUCCGCAACCAGGACCCGGUCUUUCUUCACCCGUUUGCCGUCAAUGCCAUCCAGAAAGACAGAAGCCGCGCGGCCAUCCUGCGCACCAAGGGCUAUCUGCAGGCCAACAUCAAGGAGCUCAGCCACAUGGCGCUAUCCAUGCAAUACCUUAUGGAGCAGUCCCCCACCAUGUUCUACAACCGUCUCAAGGAGCGCUCCAUGGGCUACAACGCCAAGGGAGCAAAGGCGUCCACCAACAAGCAGCAGACGUAUGCCAACACAAACACUACCUUUGCCGAGAUCAUACGCGAGCUCGAGCUCAUGCAAGAUCACAAAGGACGUAUCUUGCAUCCCAAGAUGCUCAAGCUGCGCAACGUCCUGAUCGAGCACUUUGACAGCGUCAAGGCAGAGCAGGUGCACAAUGCAGAGGCCUACGCCGAGAGCGGGCACGAUGUCUUUGGCAACACACCUAAAUCAGGCGACUUGGCCAAUUUUGCAAGCUCGUCGCAAGCCGAUACGCGGGUCAUGGUGUUUUGCUCGUACCGCGAGUGCUGCGACGAGAUCGUCAGCUUUCUCAACGACUCCGGCUUCAAGGCGACCGAGUUUGUAGGACAGAGCAAGGCCAAGAGCGGCAAGAAGGGCAUGUCGCAAAAGGACCAGGAGCGCGUCAUCAACGAUUUCAAGGCAGGCAAGUACAAUGUGCUCGUCGCCACUUCCAUCGGCGAAGAAGGGCUGGACAUUGGAUCGGUGGACCUCACCGUCUGUUACGAAGCCGUCAAGGACUCGAUCCGCAUGUUGCAGCGCAUCGGCCGAACCGGUCGAAAGCGAGAGGGCAAGAUCGCGGUGCUCGUGUCCGAGGGACGCGAGCAGCACAACUGGCAGCAUUCCAAGGACAACUACAAGGCGGUGCAGAAGGAGGUCGAUUCGCGCAUGCACGUUGAGCUCUUUGACGAUGUCGAUCGCAUGGUGCCGGACCACAUUUCUCCUCAGCCUUUGCUCAAGGAGGUAGAGCAGCCCGAAUUCGAGCCUUCAAUGGUCUCGGAAGGCAGGCCCACCCGAGCACCUCGGGCGGCGAAAACUGCCAAGCCCAAGAAAGAUCCGAAGCGCAACAUGCCCGAAGGCGGCAACAUCAUCGAGGGCUUCCGCAAAGCAUCCACGCUGACGAAACGCAAGCGACCCAUCAGCAGCAGCGACGAGGAUUCGGACGGCAACGGUCCUGUCGUCCCGCCUUCCAACGAGACGCACAGCCAGAGGGUGCGACGUCUGCUCACUAUUGCCUCGGACGAGCUUGAUGCCGAAUUUGAAAAAGAGAAUCUCUCACUCGAAUUGCGUCCGCCUAGGCUGAGACCUUCGGCAGCAGCCAGACGAAUCGUCUCUUCACCGCCAAGCUCGCCGUCGUUCUCGCCGUCGCCCUUGAUCAGAAAGCUCAACACGAGCUCGAGCAUCAGCUCCUCCGCACAAGCUGCUUCUGGCACAUCUGAUGGCAUCGAGACGGCCCCGCUUCCCAGUGCUUCAUCUUCCCCACGACCUCUAUCAGCUGGCGGCACGAGUACACGCGGUAAGAAGCUCGGCGUAGGCCUCCGAAGCUCGGGUUGCAGCACGACGAGCUCAGGCAUUCUUUCUCUGCGCAAUGGUAAGGACGCGAUCGACUCUUCUUCUAGCGGCCAUGUCCAAAGCGAGCACAAGAGCGUCCCUAACACCAAAUCUCCACGCAGCAGAGGAAUUGCUACAGCGGUGGCAAACAGUGACGAGGACGACGAGGACGAGUUUGGAGCCGACUUGACGUUCGACGUGUCGAUGGAGAAUGCGCUUACACGCCUCGAGGAGGAGGCCCAGUCCAAGUAUCGUACGACGGAGAAGCGCUCGGAAGACGAUAGGUUUUCCAGUCCUCUCGCCAAUACGACGAGUGCAAGCAAGAACGACGCUCAGCGGCUGGAGCCAAUGCUGCUCUCGCCCGCGACGCCUUCGCCGCGACCGGUCGAGAGGUACAAACCACACCCGUUGAUGGCACAGCUCAUGGAGGAAGAGGCAAAGCGUACCAAAGCUCAAGAGGAGGAAUCUGAAGCCACUCGAUCAGCUCCGCCGAAAAGGGUCGAGUCGCCGGCCAAGAGCUCCAUGGGUCCGCCCGACUCUGUUCCGCGCCGUGUGGGUGGUGCUCGCAGCAAACGCGUCAUUAUCGAAUCUCCUGAUGUCGCCUCGAACCUCACUGCAUCUUCGCAUCCCAUGACUGAGGAGGCCGACCCCGAUCCGGCCUCGUCGUCGCCGAUCAAGGCACCGGCGAAACGUGGCGGCCGGCUGCAGAGAGCUUCUUCCUCCUCGAGCAAGGUCACACGUACUGGCGCGGACACAAGUCCUACUGCCGCUAAGAGCCGAACUCGCUCGCGCGCCAAGGUGCGCAUCGUGGACGAUGAAGACGACGACGACGACGAAAAGAGAGCUCACGUAGGCGAGCAGGGCGAGCUGAAGGGCAAGAAAGGUAAGAAAGCUGCGGCAGGACGUGACGAUGGUGCGCGCAGUGUUCGUGGGGGGGCAAAGAAGAAGCGGAAAAUCACCAACUCACCCACGUCUCGAGCCUUAUUCCAGUACGAAGCGGAGCGGUCUACUGACGAAGAAAUGCAUGGGGAGCGCGACGAGCAUGAUUCCGGGCUGGGUAGUUCGGACGAGGACGACUCGGACCGCGAAGCCGUGGGCGACUUUAUGCCAACACAGGCGCCGCGCGGGUAUCAUCAGCAGAGCAUCUACAUGCAGUCGAUCAUGUCGCAAGCUGCGCCGCCCGACUUCCAAAGGGUGCGUCAUGCGCCAUUCCCGGGUGUGGGCGGCAAGUUUGGCGAUCCGUUGACGCCGAACAGGACCAGAGAGGUGAGGAGGGCGCAGAUCCCAUCGAGCGAGCCGAGAGGGAGGGGGGUGGGGAUGGGGUCAGAAGAUAUGUACUCGGAGGACUCGUUUGUGGUGAAUGACGAGGAGGAGAUCGUGUACGAUUCAGACUCGGAUGCUUUGCCCGACAGCAGUCUCUUUUGA